AUGGUGCCAAUGUUGAAACCAACGUCUGUCGACUCAAAGGACGAACUCUUGCCGUCCAUCACGUCCAUCACACUCUCCACAGGAUCUGCUGAAGAGACACGGUCGACGAAGUGGAAGUACCUCGCCUGUACCGUUCUAGGUUCCUUGGCCUUGCUGCACAUCCUUCGUGGCCUCAAUUUAUUGCCUCUGGACCCUCUGUUUUCGCGUUUCGACGCGGCACCAGCACUCUGCCCUCAGGAAGAAGCUUUAUACCCCGUGAAGGAGAAGGCUGUGUUCCAGAGUUUAACAGAGAUUUAUGGGACGCAGGAGUUCAAGACGAGGGCUAUUGAUUGGUUGGGGGGCGCUGUUCGUGUCGAGACCGAAUCUUACGAUGUGAUGGGUGACGUUGGCGAAGAUCCUCGCUGGGACAAGUUCGCCAAGUUCCACGACUACCUGCUCGAGGCAUUCCCAUUGACUCACGCAACUCUGAAACUCACGAAAGUCCAUACCUAUGGCCUUGUAUUUAAUUGGCAAGGUUCAGAUGCUUCGUUGAAGCCAGCGCUUUACACUGGACAUCAAGACGUCGUUCCUGUCGAUCCUGAUACCGUCGAUAAAUGGGCACAUCCACCAUACUCUGGUUAUUAUGACGGCGAACGGGUAUGGGGUAGAGGCUCCCUGGACGAUAAGUGUGGUGUUAUUGGUCUCUUGUCUUCUGUCGAGUCUCUCCUGGAACACUCGUUCAAGCCCACGAGAACCGUUAUUCUCGCGUUCGGCUUCGACGAAGAAUCAGCACCUAUUCGUAGUGCUAGCUAUAUCAGAGACUAUCUCCUCUCCACCUACGGCAAGUAUGGGAUCUCUAUCCUCGUCGAUGAAGGUGGGGGUUUCGGAGAGCAAUUUGGCUCUGUAAUAGCUACCGUUGGAGUGGGAGAGAAGGGUAUAAUCAAUCCUCGGAUCCAAGUCUCUUCUCCGGGUGGCCAUUCUAGCGUCCCCCCGUCACACACAAGCAUCGGAAUGCUGGCGUCCCUUCUCGUGGCUUUUGAAUCCAACCCCUUCCCAGUCCACCUCGCCCGCGGCACCCCGGUCUACUCGAACAUCCAAUGCAUCGCCUCGCACGCACAUUCUAUGGAUCCAAAGCUUCGCAAGCUCAUCCUUUCGUCGGCCACAUCAGACAAGGCCCUGCAGCAGGCGAGCGAGUUGUUGACAGAAGAUGUAGUCAUGAAGAGCCUGAUUGGGACGACGCAGGCCAUUGAUAUUAUAAGUGGAGGUGUGAAGACAAAUGCGCUUCCGGAGCAGGCUUACGCGAUUGUGAAUCAUAGGAUAGCCACUGACAGCUCCGUCGCGGCGCUCCAGAAACGAGACAUAGACCUCCUCAAACCACUCGCCGAAGAGUUCAACCUCUCAUUCACCGCAUUCGGUACUCUUAUUUCUGAGACCGAUGUCCCCGCAUAUGGUACACUCACGCUUACUGGUGCUGGAUUGGACCCUGCGCCGGUUUCGCCCUCCGACGAGGAACCAUACAGGGUGUUGAGUGGGUCGAUUAGGGCGGCUUAUGAUGUACAUAGAGGUAUAGGGACAGAUGGUCUAGAGGACGACGGUUUUAUCAUCAGUCCAGGGAUUGAGGGUGGUAAUAGUGAUACGAUGUGGUACUGGGAUUUGACCAAACAUAUCUUCCGGUACUCCCAUUGGAAUUCAAGGAAUACGUCAAUUGUGGACCUUGGUAUUCAUACGGUCAACGAAGCCAUACCCGCGGAGGACUUCGUCGAGAUCAUCACGUUCUACACGACGUUGAUAUUGAACGUCAACGAAGCAACCGGGAUGUAA